UUCGUGUACCAGAAGGAUCGGUCGGAUGUUCACAUGUUCCUGAACGACCUUUCGCACCCCCAAUAUCUGUGUUAUGUCGCAGACAACUUCAGCCGCCGUGUUGAGCAGCCCGUCAUGGUGUUUCAUGACAAGGCUAGAAGAAAGUUCCGCCUCUGCCCCGUGUCUCCGGGUGUGUCGUCUGAUACCGAUACCGAUACCUCGACCUAUGGAAGAUUUUGUUUCACCCGUGCGGACUGUGUUCCUGUCCCCUCUGUCCUUCUGACGCUGGACAAUGGAUUGACUCAUUCCCUUUCGAAGAAUGCGUGGAUCUUGUACAGAAAGACGAAGGAACCGGACAUUCGCAGACAGCGCCCCGAAAUCUCGCAUGUGCAACUUUGCGAGGCUAUUACUCAAAUGUGGUUCAACGAGACUCCUGAAGUCAGAGAGCGUUGGAAGCUCAUGGCCCAGAGA